UGGUUAAAAUUUCAUGUCAUUUUAUAUUUGACGUCUGUCUUUAUCAUUGUAUGGGUCAUAUGAUACUGACGUUCUCAGUAUAAAAAGUUUUUAAUUUAUUAUUAAAUAUUGUUCCUGUCAAAAUUUGUUACGUGCCUUACAUAUGCACAAGUGAAUCAAAUUAAUAUAAUUGAAUAUAAAAUCAAUUUCAUAUAUCGUGUAAUAAUGUCAUUUUUUGGAGUAAAUGUCAAUCCAUUUUCGACACCAGUAGGACAGAAAAUAGAACAAGCUACAGAUGGUACUUUGCCAAGCGAAAAUUGGACACUUAAUAUGGAAAUAUGUGAUAUUAUAAAUGAAACAGAAGAUGGGCCAAGAGAUGCAAUUAAAGCAAUUAAACGCAGACUUAAUCAGGCUGCUGGAAAAAAUUACACUAUAGUCAUGUAUACUCUUACUGUAUUGGAAACAUGUGUAAAAAAUUGUGGAAAACGUUUUCAUGCUCUUGCUUGUUCACGAGAAUUUGUACAAGAAUUGGUUAAGUUAAUUGGACCAAAAAAUGAACCGCCAACGGCAGUGCAAGAAAAAGUUUUAAGUCUAAUUCAAACAUGGGCAGAUACAUUCCGCCAUCAACCACAUACUCAAGGAGUUGUUCAAGUAUAUCAAGAGUUAAAAGUAAAAGGCAUACAAUUUCCAAUGACAGAUUUAGAUGCCAUGGCACCUAUUAUCACUCCAGAACGAAGUGUACCUGAAUUAGAACAAAAUGUCAUGAAUAUACCUACAGUUGAACAACAAUCAACAACUUCUAUAACACCACAAAUGCAACAAUCUCAGAAUCAAUCUUCUGGACAAUUAACUAUGUUGAAUGAGCAACAAAUGGCUAAAUUACAAAGUGAACUUGAUGUUGUACAAGGGAAUAUGCGGGUUUUAUCAGAAAUGCUGGCAUAUUUUACAAGCUCAGAUCAAAAUAAUAGUCAACAACCUGAUCCUGCAGAUCUUGAACUUUUAUCUGAACUUCAUUCUACAUGCAAAGCAAUGCAAGAACGAGUUGUUGAUUUAAUUGGAAAGUUGGCUCAUGAUGAAAUGACAGCAGAAUUAUUACGUAUAAAUGAUGAAUUAAAUAAUUUAUUUUUGCGUUAUUCACGUUAUACAAAAAACAAGGCUGUUGCAGCAAGUACUAUUUUGGCACAAACAAUUGGUCAUCCACACAAUAUAGAUUCUGCUUUAUCAAUUAAUAAACAAGAAGCUGAUUCUCUUAUUGACUUAUCUGAUGAAACUGAUGCUUUGGAAAAAAAAAUGACAGAAAUAGGUAUAUCUGAUAAUAUUGAGAAAAAUAGAAUAGACAGAAAAGAGAAAAAAGAAGGUGAUAAUGAUGAAUUUGAUAUGUUUGCACAAUCACGAAAUACAUCUUAUGAAACUAUAAAGAACAGUGGUAGCAAAUAUGAGGAUAAUUUGGAGCAGGUGAGCGGAGGAAGUCUCAAUACAGCGAUUCUCAAUCGCAAUAAUCCUAAGUAUCCCCAGCAGACUGCUUCUACAGUUGCUUCUACUACCGCUACUUCUAUGAACCGGGAAUCUGAAUUUAAUGAGAUGGCAGCCUGGUUAGAUCAUACGCCAGGAGCACAUGGUGAUCAAGAAUCCUUAACAUCGUCCGAGUUUGAGCGUUUCUUAGCAGAACGAGCAGCUGCGGCUGAAGCUUUACCAACAUUACCUGCAACUACUACUAAUACUGGAAGUACUACUAAUUCUGAAAACUCUAACAUUCAACGCCAAAUUAAUAAGGAUCAAGAUAAAUCUUUAUUUGCUCUUUAAAUAUAAUUUUCAUAUUUACAUUCUAGAAAACAGAUGGAAAUUAAAUUUGUUCUGUUUUGAUCAUCAAAUAUACAUUCUAAUAAAUCAA